AUGAAAGAAAGACACACGUUAGGGCUACAUUUCCCUUUAAACGAGUCGCGAAAUAUUACUAAUUUACAAAAAAUCUACAAAACGAAUUGUGGGAUAGCAAAACCAAAAAUAGAGCAUAUGGUAGCUCGAUCGAAGUUCAAAAUGCUGAAAUUAAUAGUUACCGCUCUUAUUCUGACCAUGGUCUUUUUCCAAGCUGAUGGUGCCGCAUUCAUAUUUGAUAUGAAAAGAGAAAUAAAUGAUGACGGUCAGAUUAUCAAUUAUUGUGAAUUUGAAGGAGAGAGACAUGAAUAUGGGGAAACGUGGAUUAAGGAUUGUGUGAAAUGUGAUUGUAUUGGAAGAUACAUGGACUGCUCUACCAUGGGAUAUUAUUUAGCAUCGCCUACGUUCGAGAAUUGUUCGAUAGUUCACUUGGACAAUUGUUGUUACCAAUACUAUAAAGAUGAUGACCCCACAGUACCUUGCACUGAAGAAAUAUGUCAUUAA